GAAACACUCCUCUUUGCAGCACGGCGUGGAUUGCUGCUAGUAUUGAAGUUUGAUCACCUCUCAUCAGUCUCAAGGAGAACGAUGACCGUGCUUUCUCGCGCCUGUUCUCGCUGCAUCGCUCAAGCGGCGACGAGCAGCAGUGCCCGACUCGGAACCACAUCGCGGGCCCUCUCCUCCUCUUCCACGAGAUUGAGCUCACCACCAGCCGACCCAAAGGCGAUAGCAGAAGCCUUUCUAUCCAAAUUCUCCAAGGGGCAAACGUUCGUGCGCCGUCAACUGCUGGACGCCAACCAGAUCCGCCUCUUCUCACUCACUCUGAAUCGAGCUCAUCUAUGGCCCACUAGCUCCGUUUCGUCCACCAAGACGCUCGAGGAGGCGGAGCCUGUCCAAGGCACUCCCAUCCCCCCGGCCUAUCAUCUCUGCUACUUCACACCAGCUCAACUACCUGGCAUAUUGGGGCUAGAUGGCACGGAUGCGAGUUUCAACCCCGACGCACCCUUCACGAGACGCAUGUGGGCUGGAGGAUCAUGUCAUUGGCCCGGAGCUGAUCCUAAUGCGGUCCACCAGGCACUCUUGGUGGUCGGCGAUACCGUCACCGAGGUCACGAGGGUGUUGAGCUGCGAGCCCAAGGUCAUUGGCAAGACGGGGGAGAGUAUGCUAGUCGUGGGCGUGGAGAAGGAAUUCCGGAAUGGGAAAGAUGAGCUGUGCGUCCUGGACCGGAGAAAUUGGGUCUUUCGAGUAGCCCUCGACCCUUCCAAACCUGCACCCUUGGUUCCCAAGCCAAAGGAAUUGUCACAGGCGGAACUUGACAAGAGCGUUGAGGGGAAGCUAUGGCGGGAAUACAGUCGUGACGAAGCAACGCUGUUCCGAUUCUCGGGCUUGACAUUCAAUGCGCACAGGAUUCACUACGACAAGCCCUGGGCAACGGAGGUGGAGGGCCACAGGAACGUGGUUGUCCACGGCCCGAUGAAUCUGAUUGCCAUGUUGGAUCUGUGGCGAGAUGAAGCCAGUGUCUUUCGGGGUGUGGGUGAAGGAUCAAUGCAGGAUGAUGAAGCUGUCUACUAUCCGCAGAUGAUUGAGUAUCGGGCUACGAGCCCCGUCUACGGCAGAGAGCCCUACCGGGUGAUGAUGAAUAAGGAGGCGGUGGACAAGAAAGAGGCAGAGACAAGGGUGGUGAGUAACGACGGGACGGUAUGCAUGAAGGGGACGGUGACGGAUUGGUCUCUGAGCAAGUAAGGGUGCAACCCCCAAAAAGCAAAUUGAGCAGUCGGUGUGGGAGGCGACCGUAGACGGCCGCUUACGAAGGUGGCUGUCGACUUGGGUCGCUCAUCAACCCGAAUUGGGAGCGGAGGGUCGACUUGGACUGGGGAUGAGAUAAGGAUGGACCAUCUAGCUACGAGGAUUUUGUUGGGGGAAGUGGCUGAAAAUCGAGAUCGAGGCCAAGACAGAGCUGGUUGCGUAUACGGUGCCUUUGACCUGCCUGUUUGGUGUGUUGUUCGUCGCCGAGCUGCUUCUCCAGAUGGUGAUGGAGGUGAGGAUACAGGUGAGCAAAGGUGGAGAUGGUGACAGUCGAGUGUGG